CAUUAUUGAAACGUGGGCUGUUUUAUUAUGAAAAUGAAAACUGGUUUGCAGCCAUAGAGGAUUUCACAGCCUUGUUAAAUAUAGAUCACCAAAAUUCUCAAGCAAGGACAUACCGAGGGAUUGCAUAUGUUAAACGGAAAUUUUACAAAGAAGCAACUCAAGAUUUUUCUGCUGCAAUUCACUUAGAUCCUAAUAACUGGUUAGCAUUGUAUUAUCGAGGUUGCUUAUUCAGAAAGAGUAACCCUUUUAGAGCGCUACAGGAUUACAGUGUUUCAGCACUCAUAAAUGAUGGCUAUGAGAAUCUUGGUUGUUUUCUACAUCGGGGAAUAGUCUAUGCACAUCUAAAACUGUGGUUGCUGGCAAUUUGUGACUUUGAAACUGUUAUUUCUCUAGAAAGAACUACUACUUUGGCUUAUGUAAAUAUUGGCCUCAUACAUCUGCUAUACCUGGAUAACUACACGGAAGCCAUUUGGCAAUUUUCUGAGGCUAUUAGAAUUGAUCCUUUAUGUAUUCAAAGCUAUCUUUGUCGAGCAGAAACCUAUUUUAAGUUGCAUAAAUUGAAAAAGGCAGUAAAUGAAUUGUCUCGUGCUAUCCACCUUCAGCCAGAUGGAAUCCAAUUAUACAUAAGAAGGGGACAAUAUCUUCUUAUGAUGAAAUGUUAUGAUCUUGCAAAGUUUACUAUUUAUCAAGUAGCAGAAAUGGACAAAGGUCUCAUUGAGUUGAGUCCUAUACAGCAAGCCCUCAUUUAUUCAUUUUGUGAAAACCACGACAAGGCCAUUGAGGUCUUGGAAGGAAUCAGCUGGAAUAGAGCUGAGAUGACCAUGUAUGCUCUAUUAGCAAAAGUUCAAAUGAAGGCCAAGAGAACCAAGGAAGCUGUGAAAAUGCUUAAGAAGGCUUUGGAUGUCAUUUCUCAUUCCGAUAAAGGACCAAACACCACAGCAAUUUCAGCAGACUGUCUGUAUAACUUGGGUCUUUGUUACAUGGAGGAAGGCAAUUUACAAAUGACUUAUAAGCUAGCAAUUACAGAUUUAACCACAGCUAUCAGCAUGGACAAAAAUAGUUAUAUAGCAUUUUAUAACAGAGCAUUAUGUUACACCAAGAUAAGGGAACUUCAAAUGGCAUUAACAGAUUAUGGAAUUGUGCUGCUUCUUGAUGCUACAGAAACUGUAAAACUAAAUACGUUCCUUAAUCGUGGACUCAUCUACCUAGAACUGGACCAGUAUGGCUUUGCAUUAGAGGAUUUUAAACAAGCUGCUCUGAUAAGCCAGACUAACGAGAGCCUUUGUCACGCCACUGCCAUGUGCCAUCACAGAAUUAAUGAGUUUGAAGAAGCUGUCAAUUUCUUUACCUGGGCUCUUAAAAUUAACCCAUGUUUUCUGGAUGCUUAUGUUGGACGGGGAAAUUCUUACAUGGAAUGUGGUCAUGCUGAAGCCACCAAGCAAGCACAGAAAGACUUUCUGAAAGCGCUGCAUAUUAAUCCAGCAUACAUAAAAGCCAGAAUUAGUUUUGGCUAUAAUUUGCAGGCCCAAGGAAAAUUCCAGAAAGCUUGGAACCACUUUACCAUUGCCAUAGAUAUUGAUCCAAAGAACUACCUAGCCUAUGAAGGAAGAGCUGUGGUCUGUCUUCAGAUGGGCAAUAAUUUUGCUGCAAUGCAGGAUAUUAAUGCUGCCGUGAAGAUCAAUACUACAGCAGAAUUCUUAACAAAUCGUGGGGUGAUUCAUGAGUUUAUGGGCCAUAAACAGAAUGCAAUGAAAGACUAUCAAGAUGCAAUUUCUCUAAACCCCAAGUACUCGCUGGCUUACUUUAAUGCGGGAAAUAUCUACUUUCACCACAGGCAGUUUUCCCAGGCCAGUGGCUACUUCUCAAAAGCUUUAAAAUUUGAUCCAGAAAAUGAAUAUAUUCUCAUGAAUCGAGCUAUUACAAAUACAAUAUUAAAGAAAUACGAAGAAGCAAAAGGAGAUUUUGCAAACGUGAUUGAAAGGUGUCCAUUUUGGGCUGCAGUAUAUUUUAAUAGAGCACAUUUCUACUACUGCUUAAAGCAAUAUGAACUAGCUGAGGAAGACCUUAAUAAAGCCCUGUCUUUGAAGCCUAAUGAUGCUCUAGUAUAUAAUUUUAGAGCAAAAGUUCGUUGUAAAAUAGGUCUGAUUGAGGAAGCUAUGGCUGACUAUAACCAAGCACUUCAUCUUGAAGACCAUAACUCAGUUAUAUGAUUACAUAGACCGUGGUUGCUAGAGUAAUUUACACAACUGUUCUCUCUGAAACUGAAACGUAUUUGUUGUCUAAAAGGUUCCACCAUUUUCAUUAUUGUAUUCAUUAUGCUUAGUCUUCCAUAUAACCUUCUAUGCAUUUUAAUAAAAUGUUUGUUAUACAUUAAUUAUAAAAUUUAUGUCAUUUUCUGCAUAUUUGGAAUACCUUGAUAACUGAAUUUUUCCAAGGCUGCAAAAUUUAAAGGAAAAUGUUUCUUAAGGAAUUAAAUAGGAAUGUUUCUUAACAUUUAAAAUAUUUUCUUUAAAGUAAUUCUUUUUGAAAUAAUACUAUAUAUUGUAGAAAAAGUGUCAUCGACCUUUUCAUCAAUCCUUGCUGAUAAUGUAUUCAACAGUAUACAGAUUAAAAAAAUAAACAGAACUGAUGACUAUAAAAAA